UAAAAGACAGAAUACUUUACAAACUACUGAACCUGAAAGUAGUGUCUUUACCAAUAACAAUAACAAAGAAACUCCAGUUAUUAUGGACGUUGACCCUCUUUCGCUCAAUAAAGAAAAGGGCAAAGAAGUUUUAACAGAUAAAAUAACUCUAGUUUUCACUCCUAAAUAA